AGGAAAAGAGCGAGAGAGAUAGAGAGGGCGCGAGACGUUGCAGAAACAACAAAGGUUGCAGGAACAACAGCGACGUUACGACGCCGCAUAGAUCUUCACGACCCAGUACCACCUCCGGUCGUCCCUUCAACUACAGCCGCUAUGGCGAUCAUGGCGCAGAAGAAUUCAAUUUUGCAAUGCGGGAAUGAGCUAAUUUACACGUUGAUUUGUUAGUGCCUUCUGGUCUUAAAUUUGCGGAAAUGGAAUCGUUGAUCGAGCUGUGUGACUUAAUUGCUGAAAAACCCGAGCAAUUCGCUGACAAGUUGGUCUGGAUAUGCGGCCGGUGUCCUUCGGCGGAGGCUCUCCUUACCGGAUCUCCUAGGGUUUCGAGAUCUCAGCUCAAUGCCGUCCUGGCAGUGGCUCGUUUCCUCUCCAAAUGCCCAAAUUACGACGAUCAACGGCCUAAAUCCCUCCUCCUUGCCUUCUAUCGCGCAAUUCCAUCCUCUUUCACCCCUUCUUUCUGGCCCCAAUCAUUUGGCAAUGACGCGAUUGCCUCCUUCUUUAACGACUACUUUGCUUAUAUGUGUAGAGCUGCGGAGUCAGCCUCUGAUUUUGCAACUGACAUUGCUGGCUUCACUGGAGAAAUUGUGAUCUCUGCCACAGGCAAUGUCUCUGGGGAUUUGGGGAUUUCCAGGGUUUUCUUGAACGCCUUGGCCUUGAAUUUCCCGCCCAUUCUUUCGUCUGAUGCUAACAGGUUAGUUUCGUGUCUUCUUGAACGGCUUGAAAUCAUGGUUCCCAAUUCACCGAGGGAGCUUAUUUCUUCCGAGGCUGCUUCAAGUCAGAGUUCACCCUUGAGUUUGAACCAUUUUCCAUAUCACUCUAAUGAGAGGGCAAGUCCAGGGAAUGAGGUGAGUAAUGCCUCCGGAUCAUCUGGCAGCGUUGCUGAUGAUGCGUCGUCAUCAAAGGGAAUUGUGACCAAUGGGGGCAGCGCUGGCUGGAAGAGCAAUGUGGAUAUCUUGAACGUAAGCACAGGGCUAAAUGAUGGCGGUGGAGGCAAGGGAAUUCUUAUAUCUUUUGAGCAAGAGUCCUUGGAGAACCUUGAAAAACAGGAAAUUGCUUUUAAAUUGAUAAGGCAUAUAUUGGAUAAGGCCACGGUUGAUUCCAAGCUUUUGGAACAAGUGAGACUUGUCACAAAGGAACAACUCCAAUCAAUGUUAGCAUUUUUAAAGAUAAGAAAGCGUGACUGGUCUGAACAAGGGCAUUUAUUGAAAGCAAGAGUCAGUACCAAGCUAUCUGUUUACCAAGCAGUGGCUAAGUUACAGAUUAAGAUUCUUGCAUCUGUUGACCUUGACGGAAAGUCAUCAAAGAGGUUCUUGCAUGGAACUCUUGCAUUGUUGAUAGAGGCUGCUGAGGCAUGUUUAUUUUCAGUGUGGCGGAAGUUGAGGAUUUGCGAGGAGCUAUUUGGCUCUUUACUCGGUGGAAUUUCCCAAGCUGCUGUUGCACGUGGUGGCCAGCUGUUGCGAGUUUUGCUUAUUCGUUUCAAGCCCCUAGUGCUGACUACUUGUAUUCAGGCUGACACUUGGGGCAGCAGCCAGGGUGCAAUGUUUCAGAGUGUCUUGAAAGCAACUUGUGAAAUAAUUGAAUAUGGAUGGAUCAAGGAACGGCCGCCUGUGGAUACUUUUAUAAUGGGAUUAGCUACUAGCUUUCGUGAACGUAAAGAUUAUGAAGAAGAGCUUCAGCAAUCGCAUGAUGCAAAAGAUAAGCAGGCAGCUUCUGCUGGGCAACUUAACAUGAUUCGCUUGCUUGCGGAUUUAAAUGUUUCUGUUAACAAGCCUGAAGUGGUUGACUUGAUAUUACCACUAUUUAUUGAAAGUUUAGAAGAGGGAGAUGCCUCGGCCCCAGGCCUACUGAGACUCCAGCUUCUUGAUGCUGUUUCUCGCCUGGCGAGUUUAGGUUUUGAGAAAUCUUAUCGUGAAGCUGUUGUUCUAUUGAUCCGAAGCUACUUAAGUAAACUCUCUGCUGUUGGCUCUGCUGAAAGUAAAACUGUGGCACCAGAAGCCACGAUAGAACGUGUUGAGACUCUUCCUGCAGGAUUUCUUGUGAUUGCUGGUGGCCUAACUGAUACCAAAUUGAGGUCAGAUUUUCGUCAUCGUCUGCUAUCUUUGUGUUCAGAUGUAGGCUUAGCUGCUGAAUCCAAAAGUGGAAGGAGUGGAGCAGAUUUUCUCGGUCCUCUACUCCCUGCUGUGGCUGAAAUAUGCUCGGAUUUUGAUCCUACUAUAGAUGUGGAACCUUCACUCUUAAAAUUAUUUCGCAAUUUGUGGUUCUAUAUAGCUCUUUUUGGGCUAGCUCCUCCAAUACAAAAAGGUCAGGUGACGACAAAGUCAGUGUCCACUUCUCUAAAUAGUGUAGGUAGCAUGGGUGUAAUUGCAGUCCAGGCUGUUGGUGGACCGUACAUGUGGAAUGCUCAGUGGGCUUCUGCAGUUCAGCGCAUCUCUCAAGGGACUCCACCCCUAGUUGUUAGCUCUGUAAAAUGGCUUGAAGAUGAGUUGGAACUUAAUGCUCUUCAUAACCCGGGUAGCCGGCGAGGUAGUGGCAAUGAAAAAGCUGCUGUAAGCCAAAGAUCUGCUCUUUCAGCUGCUUUAGGCAGGCGCGUGGAGGUUUCGGGAAUGGGCACAAUCUCAGGUGUCAAGGCAACUUAUCUUUUAGCUGUAGCGUUUCUAGAGAUAAUCAGAUUCAGUAGUAAUGGUGGCAUGCUCAAUGGUAGCCCUAAUUCAACGGCUUCUCGAAGUGCCUUCAGCUGUGUCUUUGAGUAUUUGAAAAGUCCAAAUCUCAUGCCAGCUGUCUCUCAGUGCUUGACAGCAAUUGUUCACCGGGCCUUUGAAACAGCAAUACUUUGGCUGGAUGAACGGGCUUCUGAGACUGGUCAUGAUGCUGAGAGUAGAGAAUCUGCCCUUUCCAUCCAUGCAUGUUUUCUUAUAAAAAAUUUGUCUCAGAGGGACGAGCAUAUUCGUGAUAUUUCAGUAACUUUAUUGAAUCAACUCAGAGAUAAGUUUCCGCAGAUUUUGUGGAAUUCUUCUUGUUUGGAUUCCCUACUUUUUUCUAUCCACAAUGAUCCGCCAUCAGCUGCCGUUCACGACCCUGCUUGGGUUGCUACUGUCCGUUCUUUAUACCAGAAAAUUGUUCGCGAGUGGAUAGUUAUUUCACUCUCAUAUGCGCCAUGCACGAGUCAGGGCCUUCUUCAGAGUGGAAAUCUGGGUCUUCGUGCACUUUGGCUCAUUCUGCAUUUUGCCGUCACCAUAUGUGUCUGCCUUUAUGAUCCAGAAGGUGUGUUGAAAAAGAACAAGGAACCUAUCAUGCAAAGAUUCAGCAGUGCAAACUUGUCUGAGGAGGCUGCUGUUAAUGGUCGGCUUGUUACCCGCAGAAAUCUGACUUUGGAGUUUGUUUCAUUUGAGGAUGGAAAAGAAGCAGUUGCCAAAGCAGCUAAUUAUCUCUUUGUAAAGCACUAUGCAAAUGGUACUAAGGAAAAGUCAGAUUUUACAGAGCCUCAAAUGGCUGAAGCUUUAGGAGCCAUUGGUUCUGGAGGAGCUGAUCCUGAUCUGCUACUAAUUUAUGGACCCACAAGAUGCCAUCUUGGGUUUCCAGCAUGGAGACUUCGGUACACUGAAAUAGUACAUAUGGGGCCAUUGAAGUCUAUGAGUUAUGGUUCCCUUGUUAAAGCCAUUUUCAAGUACACUAUGGUGCAUCAAAAUUAUGAAACAACUGAUGCUCUGGUCGCUGUGCCUUCAUGUGGUCAAAAGUUUGAAACAAGUUUCCAUCCCCCUCCUUUUGGGAUCAAGGAAAACUAUCAUGUUAUUCAUCUCCAUUUCCAUCUUUUUACCUUAUUUGGCGAGUUUAAUCUAAUGAAAAAUGGUGAGUUGUUGCUCUUCAUUGAUAGGUGGAGGCUGUGGUUCAUAAGCAAUUUCAUCCGCAGUGACGUCAUCUUGUGGGACGAGCAGAGUUCGGAAGAUGGACCUGACAGACGCUGCUAG